AUGCUUCGGUUAUCGUCUUUUAUUUUAAGUGCUCAGAGGUUAGAUGGUGGCAUCGCCAGACAGCCUCGAGGCUCUAUGCCUACAAUGAUACAGCCGUCUAUUUUGAGUGCUGAUGUGGACCAAAAGGCCUUGGAAAUCAAGCUUCAGAGCUACCUUUGGAAGGAGAUGAAUACCGAUAGCGAUGAUGACCCCGAAUACGUGCCGCCACUUCCGAGAAAAUGGGUCAAGGCCUCCAAGUCAAUGCUCUCUACGAGUUACACACAACGGAGUUGGUUUCGCAUUAUGUCCUUCAAUAUGAUGGUGGACCGCUAUAACAAUGCUUCCAAACACCAAACGACGCCGGUCGAGGACGUGAAGGUACGAGUGCCCAGUUUCACGCGUACUACAAGAAGCGACUUGGCUCCUAACGGCGCGCCACUGGAGACUUCUGAUGGGUUUUUGGACUACGAUCCGCAGAUUGACACGGAGCUCCCACCAUUUCUUACAUCAGAGUUUCGUAGAGCGCAUCUGACCAAUACUUUACGACAUUACGAUCCAGAUGUGGUGUGCUUGAAUGAGGUCAAUCGUGUCUUUUUUAAUGGCGAUCUGUGGCGAUAUGUUCGCUACCUGGGAUACGGAACGCUCUAUCAAUCCAGCCGUGGAGCGCGUGUACGCGUGCUUCGAAAAGGCGAAGACCCUACCGCACCCCGAAAUGGGGGUAAGAUUCUCGAGGAAGAGGACAUUGGCAACGUCGUGCUUUUCCACAAGGGUCGUUUCACACCGCUCCUCAUGCCAGGCCGAGACCUUCCCGGCCACUUCCAUUUUGGCCAUUUUGUCUCUAUGCGUGACAAGAUCACAAAUCUCAAUCUGAAUAUAGGAUGCAUCCAACUCACAGCAGGGGAUUCAGAGGAGGCACAGACAGUGAGGCUACACGAAACCCGGCAGAUCCUCAUGAUUUUAGAGGGUAUGAGUAGCGGUAGCGCCGACAGCGCCCACACAACGACCAUCCUGUGCGGCGACCUGAACACUAGGGAUGAUGAAGAGCCGUGUGUGCAGGCGAUUCGUGAACGUUUUUUUUCCACCUACGACGCCCUCGGGGGACCAAGGUGGACCGCGUGGCACUACCAAAACACUUUGGGAGAGGGAAAAUACGUCUCUUCUUCUUCUUCAGAGUCGGGAUACUGCAAGUAUUACGCCAAAAAUGUCGAUGAAAUGCAUCGAACAGACACACAACGCACCCUUGAAAAGGAGACGCAACAGUUCAUAAGACCAGAUGCAGGGUUGAAGCAUCAUGGCAAGUUCUCUAAUGUGCGUUCAGUGGCAAAGCUCAUCUCUAGCAAAACAAAUCCGUCGAUUCAAGCGAAAACGGCAAUACCACGGGGUGACUCGGAUGAUCAACCCAAGGAACAAGAGACGAGGAGCAGCCACCACACCGUCUCUGAAAGGACCGAUAUGCUUAUCCCUUCCAAGACCGAUUUGAAACAACGUGGAAUUGUGUACGGGGCACAGGACUUCAUUUUCUAUGAACCCCGCACCCUAGCUCUUCAUCAGGCGCUGGAUAUUCCAGAGGAUGGGGAGAUCGACCCCCAACAGCUCUUUCCCAACACAAAGUUACCCUCCCAUCACCUUCCCUUAUUCGUCGAUGUCUCGUUCAACGAUCUCUAUCCCGAUCUCUGA